CGGUUACCAGAGGCUAGGAAGGGUGGAGGGGGAAUGAGGAUGGGGGAGGGUAGGGAUGGUUAAUGGUCAUGGUUAAAAAGACCUUCUGAUCACCAUUUUGCAACCGUAAUAAUUGUUUCAAGCAAGAAUCACCAUGAAUUCUAAAACCAGUGGGUAAGAGUCUGAAGAACAGGAUAUUUAAAUAGUCUCAAAAUAUCUUUCCACAGAAUACUUAAUACUUACAAAAGGAAAAAUCGUAACUUUAUGGUGGAGUGUACCUCCCCCUACACCACCUCAACCAAAGGAUGGCAGUUAACACCGGGAAUACGGGGACAAACACAAUGUCAUGUGCCUCCUGACGAAAGGCCCUGAGGAGGCAACUUUUUUCAGUAGCAUUCCUGCCAAAAAAUGCAUACCCUCUCAGAAUAGCACAGGAUGGGUGGGUGGCGGUGGGGAGGAAAGAACAAUGGAUACUCUGAAUCUAAUCAUAAGAAAACAUCAGAUGAAUAAAACUUUAGGGACAUUCUACAAUAUACCUCGCCAGUACUCUUCAAAAAUGUCAAGGUCAUGAAAGACAAAGCAAGGCUGGAUAACUAACUGCCCUUCCAGAUUGAAGGAAACUAAAGAGGCAUGACAAUGCAGUGCAACGUGUGAUACUGAAUUGGAUCCUGGGGAAUAGCUAUAAAGGACAUUACUGGGGCAAUUAGCAAAAUUUAAAUAUGGAUGGAGUGUAUUAAACAAUUGUAUAAUUGUUAAAAUUCCUGAUUUCUGACCACUGUACUGAGAUUAUGCAAGAUAAUGUCUUUUUUUAAGGAAACACACACAAAUAUUUGGGAUAAAGGAGCUUGAUGUUGGAAACUCUAAAACGAUGUAGUAAAAAUUAUAUACGUUUUAUAUAUAUGUGUGUGUGUGUGUGUGAGAAUAUCUAUAUACCGUAUACUGAUUUCCUUUCUUUUGGGGUAUAUACCAUAUAGAUAUCCACACACAACAUGUAUUUGUGUAUAUAUACACACAUACGAGAGGAUAUGGAAAUGCAGCAAAAUAUAACAAUUUGUUAUUCUAGUGGAAAAGCAUAUGAUCUUUACGAUUCUUGAAAUUUACGUGUAAAUUUGAAAUUUAAUCACAAAAACAGUUAGAAGCUUUCAGCGACCAAAUACAUUAUCAGAAAUGGCCUGUCCCCAGUGAGCACUCUUUAGCUCAUUCUUUUUCUACAUCGCACUUAUCACUGGCAAAAAUUAUCCUGUGCAUUUAUUUAAUAAUAUUUAACAUUGUGUGCAAGGCUGUCAGUGCUUUACCUGUAUAACCUCUGAAUCUUCUUACAGGUCAGGAACAAACACACAAGAAGGCUGAUUAACUUGCCCAAGGCCACCCAUGUGGUUUGUCUCCUGCAGUGGCACAGAACCUCAACCAAGGCAGAAACUGCAUUGUCUAUUAGACUUAGAAUGUCUAUUAGACUUAGACUUGCUCAGCGACUUAGAAUGGUGCCUAGCACAUUACGGGUGUUCAAUAAUUAUCCGUAGAUUCAGUUAAUAAACACUGGGCACCCACUAGGCCUACAUCGGAAUACAAAGUACAGAACAAAAUAUUCAAAAAUCUGUGCCUAAAUGGAGCUUUGAGUACUAAAACUCAGUCCCACACCAAUUAGCGUCCAUCUAAGUAUUUCAUUUGGGUCUAUCAUUCCUGAGAAUUAAGGCCCAUUCUUAAUGGAUCCUCAGAGAAACGGAUGCUCAGGGUGGGUCAAUGAUUUGCACAAGAUAACUGUCUUGGUAGAAGGGAAGGUCGGGAUUCCAACUCAGUCCCUGAGGUUCCCAGGCCCGACAUAUGAAUCAAACGACCAAGACAUCACCCAAUCACUAUUUAUUAGACGCCUACUGCGGACAAUUGGUCUUCACGCAGGUCAGGCGAGAAGGGGUGGUGAUGCGCGGGCCGCUGCGGAGACCCGGAGCCCGCCGCGGAUCACGGGAAUUUGGCGCCUAUUUUUUGUUGGCUGGGUGUUCUCGCCAGUGAUUGGGUCUCGGCAAGGCGUGCCGGUGCGCUCGGCUGCGGCUGCUCCGUCGACCUUGGCAGGACCGGGCGGUGCAGGACUCACUCGGCUGGCCUCCCGGGGGAUGGGCCACCAGGAGUCUCCGCUGGCCCGGGCGCCGGCGGGAGGUGCAGCUUAUAUAAAGAGGUUAUGUAAAGGGCUCAGCUGGCGCGAACACGUGGAAAGCCACGGGAGUCUAGGAGCCUGGGCCUCCCCAGCGUGCGCCGCAGCAGCAGAAGGAUCCGCUGCACGCCGGGCUCCGGCCACCUCCCGCGCUGCUCGGUCCCGCAGGCAGCCCAGGCCCGGAGCGGACCAUCCCCAGGCAGGGGCUCCAGGGGGGAAACGGGCCGCCCGGAAGUGGAGGUGCGCGGGCCAGGUCACAAUCCAAGGUCCCGCUCCUCCGCGUCCCAGGGCCGGACGGAGGGAUGAGGCAGGGGGGGCCCGGGCAGCGCCGUUGCUGCUCCCCCCGCCGCCCGCAGCCAUGGAAACGGGGAAGGACGGCGCCCGCAGAGGUACACAAAGCCCGGAGCGGAAAAGGCGAAGCCCAGUGCCGCGGGCGCCCAGCACGAAGCUGAGGCCGGCGGCGGCGGCCCAGGCCAUGGAUCCGGUGGCGGCCGAGGCCCCGGGCGAGGCCUACCUGGCGCGGCGACGGCCGGAGGGCGGUGGCGGGUCCGCGCGGCCGCGCUACAGCCUGUUGGCGGAGAUCGGGCGCGGCAGCUACGGCGUGGUUUAUGAGGCAGUGGCCGGGCGCAGCGGGGCCCGGGUGGCGGUCAAGAAGAUCCGCUGCGACGCCCCCGAGAACGUGGAGCUGGCGCUGGCUGAAUUCUGGGCCCUCACCAGCCUCAAGCGGCGCCACCAGAACGUCGUGCAGUUUGAGGAGUGCGUCCUGCAGCGCAACGGGCUAGCCCAGCGCAUGAGUCACGGCAACAAGAGCUCGCAGCUUUACCUGCGCCUGGUGGAGACCUCACUGAAAGGAGAAAGGAUCCUGGGUUAUGCUGAGGAGCCCUGCUAUCUCUGGUUUGUCAUGGAGUUCUGUGAAGGUGGAGACCUGAAUCAGUAUGUCCUGUCCCGGAGGCCGGACCCAGCCACCAACAAAAGUUUCAUGCUACAGCUCACGAGCGCCAUUGCCUUCCUGCACAAAAACCAUAUUGUGCACAGGGACCUGAAGCCAGACAACAUCCUCAUCACAGAGCGGUCUGGCACCCCCAUCCUCAAAGUGGCCGACUUUGGACUAAGCAAGGUCUGUGCUGGGCUGGCACCCCGAGGCAAAGAGGGCAAUCAAGACAACAAAAAUGUGAAUGUGAAUAAGUACUGGCUGUCCUCAGCCUGUGGCUCGGACUUCUACAUGGCUCCUGAAGUCUGGGAGGGACACUACACAGCCAAGGCGGACAUCUUUGCCCUGGGCAUUAUCAUCUGGGCAAUGAUAGAAAGAAUCACUUUUAUUGACUCUGAGACCAAGAAGGAGCUCCUGGGGACCUACAUUAAACAGGGGACUGAGAUCGUCCCUGUUGGUGAGGCGCUGCUAGAAAACCCAAAGAUGGAGUUGCACAUCCCCCAAAAACGCAGGACUUCCAUGUCUGAGGGGAUCAAGCAGCUCUUGAAAGAUAUGUUAGCUGCUAACCCACAGGACCGGCCUGAUGCCUUUGAACUUGAAACCAGAAUGGACCAGGUCACAUGUGCUGCUUAAAAUUCAGGGCUAAGCAUUUUGGGUGAUUUUAAACUAGGUCGAUUCCUUGGGACCCACAGUCUCACCACGUCUCCUACAGAGGACGGCAGAGGGUACAGGUGGUGGCUUGGCCGGUUGGCGAUCUCCCGACAGCUGGAUCUCCGGCAAUGUGAAGCUUUUGUUUGGGUUUUCCCGCUUCUUUUGUUUUGCUUUCUUUUUUUCUUUUUCCUCUUUCCUUUUUCUUUUUUAAUUUAAACCAUGAGACUUCAGAAGAGCAGGAAGCAAUGCUGUGGACAGGCACCAAUUUCUUUAAAGAAAUUCAGUGUGGACAAGGCAUAUGUAUAAAUUUCAGUUGUACUUUUUAUAAGGGGUUAGGGAGCUAUUUUUGGUUUUGUCCUUCACUUUCCCUCUGUCUUCCUUCUUUAUCCUUCUCUCAGUUCUACUUAUGACACCUCACUUCCCCAGAGAAGGCCUGCCUCCCCAUAGGGAACCUGGGGGUUUCUCCUGGAAUGGGGCAUGAGGACACAAGGAGGCCUCUGGGCCACGCCUCCCUGCCAGAUGCAGGAACUCCCGGACUCCUUGGUGGGCUGGCCCUGGCCAGCCCUUGGGCCUCGGAGAUGAUCAGAGGCGAAGAACCACCUGGAAGAGGAAGGCCAGGGUUUGGCCAGGAGAACUAAGAAGGUCUCAAGUCCAGGCUUUGUUCUGUUUAAGCUAUUGGGAGCCCCAGGCCACACCAGGACUUACAGUGGUGGGAUCCCUUCCUCUUCCGCCCUGUGUUGCAGGGAACGGGGAGGUAGGGGUGGAGGGUGACCAUCUCGCACUUGCUGGCGGUAGAGCAGCCAUCCCAGCGCUGUAAGCCUGCCUUUCUGUUGGGAAAAACUGUUGUGCCAAACUGUGUGGAACACAGCUGGGUCUUCAGCAGGCAUCUGUCACUGCCAUGAGGUCAGCACUUCUCACCUAACUGCCUCCUGGAUUGUCAUCUUCCCACAUGUGUCCCGUAGUGUCCGUGUGUCACAGAGACAGCCUGAGGCCCUCAGAUCUGGCUGUGACUUUGCCAUGAUAACAGGGUGUCCUGAACUGGCUGCCAUUGUCGUGUCCUCACAGUGAAGGGCAUGCCCUGUGUGCCAGGGUCCGUGGGGUCAUAUGCAGUGACACAUAAUGUCAAGCGCCAUUUCCCUCACCCCUGGAGACUUACUAUUAGGUGCCUGCCCUCAGUAUAGACGUAUCCAAUGGGAAAACAGCAGACCUGCCCAGAGCAGGGAGGUGUCGUGGGACUGGGUAGACCCCCUGCAGCGUUAGGGGCCCAUUUGUGGGCUCCCCACCUUCAGGCUUCCCCAGCCGUGAUGCUUCAGCCCCGCCACCCAUGCCUGUCUGCUGCAGCCAUCCUUGCACUCUGCAGCGACACUUGCAUCUCCUUAGGGGAAACCUCCCUCCCCUUGGGCUGCUGCUCUGAACCCAUCUGCUCUCCCCCUGCAAGAAGGGGCAAUGCUCCUGUGUUUUCCCUGUCUGGAUUUGCCUGGCCACUCCGAAGGCUUUUCACCCCAUUAUGGCCACAUAGUAUAGGGCCUCUGGGGAGGGGGAAGGGAAUCCUUUUGUUUUCGUUUUUGUUUUUUGUUUCACCUAAACCAGCAUAGGAUUGAUAGGGGAGAUGGUUGAAGGGCAUUUCCGUUUCUAUGUGACCAAGGCAGGGGCUUUUACCUGCUAAACAGCAAUCCUUUGGCCCUGAGAAUUGGGGAGCGAACAGUGCAUCGGGCCAGGUUCAGCAACGUUUGCUCACAUUCUUUCAGCCUUCUCUCACCCCCUUAACACCAAGCUUUCUUCCUUGUGAGCGGAAGGUUGACUGCUAUUAGCAGGAUCCCACAGGUGAUAACCAGGCCCUUCCCUUCCUGGGCCAAAACCCAUUGUGACUGCCUGUCUCUCCUGUCUCUGACUUCUCAGGCAGCCUCCUGAGUGCGCUGAGUUGUAGCCGAGAGGAUGGGAACAGCAGCGUCCCCUAAUUGCAGUGCACGUUCCUUCUCUGCCCGCCACCCUGCCUUCUCUUGGGGGCAGCUGUCUCUUUGUACAUGAGCAAAUGGGAAAAACAGUCCCCAAACCCAGCACCCCCGUCCCUGGCUGCAGCCCACGCCGUAACAUCCCUAGUGAGGCUCCAGCCUAAUGAGCCCCUUAUUUUUUCUUCCCUCCCCAGGUCCCGUAGCUCUAACUAAAUAGUAAGUUUUUGGAGCCAUCGUGCUUCCCCUUUGUUAUUUUUCUUGCUAUCAGAAUAGCAAGAAACAGCACCCCUGUAGGUGUCAGGUGGGCAGCCUGGUAGGGGUCACCAGCCUUCAUGCCCCCUCAUCUUCCAGUUCUUGCUUAGUGGCAUGACUUCAUUCCGUAGCGUAAAUGCAGGCCAGCUUUUUAGCCCCAAGUGCCUGCCCCUCCUCCUCAUCUCUCCCCUGCUUUCUCAAACACUUGCCCACCUCAGGCACUCAGCCGACUCCUCCAUGGUGAGAGAACUGGCCAUGGCUCAGCCCCAGGUAGCACCUGUAAUCUUCUCAGUGCCACUCUCCCCUGUCCCCUUGUGAAUCGGCUUCCACUUGCUGUCACGUCCCCACUCCUGCGUCUUCACUGGGUCUCAGGCUGUCAGCAGCUCUCUGGUGCGUCAGCUCAGCACCGGCAAGUUUGUAGGACCUGUCCAAGUUCUAGGAGUUUUCAAACCUCAAAACGGCAGUCAUUCAUUCUCCUUGGGUCUGUGGCAAGGAUAGCCCAUUGGAGGGGGGCUCUUGACCUCGGCUGUUAGGGAUCUCAACUUGGUUUUCCCAUCAGAAGAAUCAGCAGGACAGAUUGUAGUGCCUUAUUCCAUUGUCCUCCCCUGACCAGGCCUCCUGGCUCAGCUGAAAAUGCGUGGCUUCUUUCUCCCUAUCUGUGUCCUCUGUCACUUGCUCUUUCACUGUCUCUCUCAUUCCCAGAGAGCCACGGGGGAGGAAUCACCCUCUCACCCCACACACCCUCUUCCUGAGGGCCGUAGCCAGGCCCGCAUCUCCCCACCACCACCAGGGCACUCACUUGCAGCUAUAGCCCAGGACAGAAAAACUGUGCUUUGGACAGGUGCACACUCUGCCUCUUACCUCUAGCCAGGAGGAUGCCUCAGUCUGUUCAUUCGAGACUGGCCCCGUCUGAACCCUCUCUGGGCACUGGGGACUAAGGUUGCAGGCCUUAGCCUCGUCUCACCCCAGAGGCAUUGGGUCAGGAGAAUGGGAAUUUUUUUCCUCCCACCUGGACAUAGUUUGCCCCUGUGGCUGCCUUUCUGAGGGAGUAUAUUAAAUGUUUACUUAAGAAACACCCUGUUUACAGUCAGAGGAGAAACACCCAACACUGGGUGGAGAUUUGACUCUGGACAGGGCCUGGCCUCCUUAGUGGCACUGCCAGGGGGGCCCCCAAGUGAAUGAGGGCAGAGGUGCCCCGGGCAGGGGCGAACGCCCUCCGCUCCCUCUGCUCCCGACCCUGUGGUGCUAGGACCACUCCCCGCCUUCCUCACACGGCCUCCUUGCGCUCCACAUUCCCCACCUCCACAUUCCCUUCCUCCAAGAUCUCAGCUCCUUAACAUAUCAGUUGUCUCCUAGCCUAGAAAACCAGUGUUUGGAGCAAUAAGAUGAUUAUUUUUGCUUGAAUCUUUUUCUAAGAGAAGGAAAAGAGCUGGCAUUGUGGGAAUUUUCUUUUUAUGCUGUUAGCUGUUUACCUUCUUAGAAGACAUCUUAAUAGGAUGGACGUCUGGGUUUUAGCCUUGGGGUAUCUUUUGGAAACUUAGAAAAGCAGGAGUCAGGCUGCCACCCCCUAAGGAGGGACCCUAACUUUCUGCCCUUGCCUGGUUCCAUAUGGCUCCUUCCAGCCCUGCCCACCAAGUGCUGCUCCCACUCGCCAUCCUGCCCGUGUGCCCCUCUUCCCCCCACAUGUGGGGGCGCUGGUGGCACUUACUCUUGGUGGGUCUCAGACUAUCCCUCCCGUUGACUGGUUUUCCCUCCUAGGCCUGUCUGGCAGCCCCCAGACAGACAUAGCUCCUGGGAGUCUCGGCCCUGGCAAACUUGGAAGAGCCAAACUGACAUUUUUUAGCUCUUCAGGCCACUGGGUUUUGGAGGCAGAAAUCCAGAGAUACUGGCUCUGCCAAGCUGUCCUACUGGGCUGUGGCACAGCCUUCGAGACAACACAGGUGCAUCUCUGAUCCUGCCCUACCUAGGCUUCGAGGGGCUUCUGUCUGGAGAAAUGCCCUCAAAGGGUAACUGGUAGGUGUGACAUUGAAUUGGCCAGUGUUAGCAUCUACAGCCGUCAAGAGAUGAGUCCGUUGCCGUUGCCUGCCCAAGGGCCCCCUAAGAUUACAGACAGUAUCAGCAGGGAGGCCGUCCUGGUGUUUUUUCAGGAGAGCCCACAGGAGGAAGGGAGCCUCUUCAGGGGCACUGGAAUCUUUUGUGCCAGGGGCCUCUUCAUCAGAGCCGGGGAGUACAUUUCAAUGACUUCUUAAAUAUUUGUGUGGGACAGACGAGUGUGAGGAAGGUUUUAAGCCAGGCACAAAGUUAGUUUCAAAUACUAGUUAAUAAAUCUAUUUUUCUUCAUUUCCUUUUUUUGCACAGAAGCUGGUAAUCUAGGACCUACGUGUGAACAACUUUAUAUGAAUAUUUUUUGUACUUGGUUUACUUGGGUUGGUAUGAUACAUUAUAUUUAAGUUCCUUGAACACUGUGGAUCCCCUAAUGUGUAUGAAUGACUGAGGCUUUGUAAAUUAAGGGACGUUUGUGUGAAUAAAGUUAUUUGAUGGGGUCAAAGAAGCCAUAUGUGAUUUGAAAAA